AUGUGGCGAGUUGGGUGCCAUAGUCGCAUUUCUGGCAAGAUGCUCACCCCACGCUCCUCAUCCACGGGUCUCAACGACAUCGGCUACGCCACCGUAGUCGUGACAAUCUUAUUUCUGGUUCUCACUGGCUUGGCCGUCGGGCUACGCCUUUCUGCAAGGCGGAUAAAACGCGUUUCUCUAAGCCUAGGCGACUGGUUCGUCUUGCUGAGCGCAGUGCUCUACUUUGGCUUCUGUGUAAAUACCCUCGUGAGCGUCUACACUUUCGGCGGCGGACAGGUCUACAUCGACCCCCAGGAAAGACAGCGGAAAUAUGUCGCAUACAUGAAGUCGACGUGCUUUUGGGAUAAGACCGUGGACGGGCACUGCUUCAACUUCUCUGUGUAUUUUCUCAUGAUCGAGCUGGUGGAUAUGCUCAUCGAUUUGGCCAUCAUCGGCCUGCCCAUACCGACGGUGCUGCGAUCGCACAUGAGCUUGCGGAAGAGAAUUGCAGUGGCGAGUAUCUUCUUGCUGAGUGCUUUUAUCCUCGUCACUGGAACGAUCCGAAUCGUCUACCAUUACAACCCUGGCGAUGAUCUCCUUCCCCUGGCACGAGCAGCUCUAUGGUCGACCAUUAACCUUGGCGUAGCCAUCCUCUGCGCCUGUCUGCCGACAUACCCGCCCUUGCUGAUCAAGUGCGGCAGCUUGUUAAGCUCCCUUCGCAGUCGACUUACGUAUGGAAGCAAAGGUUCCCACAGCUCCACUGCGGAUCGGACGGACACAGGUGCGCAACCCAUUCGGAGCGUCUAUGGAGGAAGGGAGAAGUACCAGACGCAUGUAAACAAUUCCACCAGCGAUACGUACCCUCUAACGCAGAUUACCGUGGGGAAGGGCGGCAGAGACACGCAGGGGAUUCGGGUCGAUCGGGAGAUUGAUGUAGAGAACUGGGCUUUGUCUGCCUUGAAACCAUAG